AUGAAACGUUACAGAUAUGGCAGGAGAUCUCAUAAUGAUUCUAAAACAAACACCACCACAGAAAAUAAAACAAAAAGGCAGAAUCUGAGAUCACUUUCUCAAAAAUUUACAUCUGAAUCUAAAAGGUCUGAAUCAAACAAUGUUUUGAAGAAUCAAAUGUUAGAACUUCCGUGGUUCCAAAAAUAUGAACCCCAGAGUUUGUCUGAAGUUGCUAUACAUAAAAGAAAGCUGAAUGACGUAAAGGAACAUCUUGAUGAUAUGCUUUCGAAUUCUGUGGAUACUAGAAUUCUUUUGUUAACAGGACCUAGUGGAUGCUCCAAAAGUACUAUUAUCAAAGAAUUAUCACAUCUGUUGAUACCAAAAUAUAGAGAUGAUAGCCGUAAACUCCUCACAUUAAAGUCAGAUAACAUGGAAAAUGUAGAUUAUGUGGAAUAUAUAAGUGAUCAAUCUAUAAAUGGUCUCAAUCAGAUGGGUAGUUUCCGCGAGUUUUUGAAUAAUUGUAAAUAUAGGGUUUCAGGGAACCUUUCAUUGAUUCUAGUGGAAGAUUUUCCAAAUGUUUUCCAUGAUGAAACUAGAACUAUUUUCCAGAAAUCCUUAAUGGAAUGGCUAUAUUGUGAUGAUGAUCGAUUACCACCUUUGGUUUUAUCAUUAAGCGAAUGUGAAAUUGAUAAUGAUAAUCCAAACAAAAAUUCGUUUAGUGUUGAUAAUAUGUAUACAGCAGAGACCAUAAUUGGUAGAAAACUUUUGAAUGAUCCAAGAGUUAAACGUAUAAAAUUUAAUCCAAUUAGUAUGACAUUAACUAAAAAGGCACUAAAUAAUAUUGUAAAUAGUGAGAAAGUAUUACUUCAACAAAAUGGUAAGUGGAAACAACGGACUUCAUUUAUUAAUAAUAUAUCUCAAAAUUGCGGUGAUAUUAGAUCAUCAAUUUGUGCAUUAGAAUUCUGGGCCACGUCAAAGGGAGAUUUAGAAUUAGCCACAAGAAAGCAGCCUACAUCGUACUUCCAUGCUGUGGGUAAAAUUAUAUAUGGAUCUAAAGACAUUAUAGAUGAUAAUGAGAUGAUUAAUAAUCUCCUUUCUUCUACCUCGGGAAUAGUGAGUAACUCUAAUUUUAAACUUGGUUUAUUAGAAAAUUACGAAUCAUUUAAUCAAGGUCAAUUUGAUAUUGAAUCUGCUUAUAAGAUAACAGAUGCCCUUAGUCAAAGUGAUAAUAACAUUAAAGUAACAGAGUCAUUGGAAUAUGCAACCAGAAAAGUACGUUCAAUCUUCCAUGAUUUAAAAUUGAAACAUUCUAAUGGUAGUUCCCAACAACAACAUCAUCAUGGGCGGGCGAAUUUCCCAAUUGAGUCGAAAAUUAAUAGGAUGAAGAAUUCGUUCGAUGUACAAAGUGAUGAAUAUUUUUAUAUUCAACUCUAUAAAUAUUCUACUGUACCUUUAAACAGAGAUAUUAUCCUGUCGUAUGGUUAUUAUGGUCCAUUAAUCAGAAAACAAUUAUUAUACAAAAAGAAAUCUUUGGAACAUUAUGUUAAUACAUUACCCAUGGAAUCACAACUCCAAAUACGUCAAGGUAAAAAAGAUAUAUUUGAUGUUGAUGAUGGCAUAGAUAUAGUAGAACGUCUUGGUGGACCGUUGAAUCAGUCAGAAGCAGAUCGUAGUAUGAUUAGUACAAACGAUUCUGAAAAGGAAGAAAAUAAAUCAUUAGAAAAGUUACAACAGGAGAAAAGACGUAAAAUUAGGAGGUUAAUGAAUGCAGAUGCACAACAAUCAAGUAUACAUUUUCCAAAGAUGCAAUUAGAUGAUGAAGAUAAGGCUAUGCUUGAAGAUAUUAUAGUCAAUAGUGAUAAUGAUGAUAUUGAUAAUGAUAUUGACAAUGAUUUUGAUGAUUCCAUAUAUGAAAUGUUAUCUCAACGCGCACCUAUUAAGAGAUCGCCUAGCAAACAUACCAGUGAUAUUAUCAGUGAAUCUUUAUCAGAUUCUGACCUAGAAAUGUUAUAA